AUGCCCACCCUUUCAGUGUUCGUGGAUGUGCCCCUGGCCCAAAAGUUAGAAGGCAGCUUCCUAAAGAGCUACAAACAAGAUGAGGACCCCAAGAAGAUGUUCCUGGCCUACAGAGUCUGCAUGACCGACGAUGGCCACCCCUGGAUCUCUCCCGUGGUGCAGAAGAUCCGACUGCAGAUUGCCCAGGAUCCGUCCCUCAACUUUGAGUACAUGCCUGUCAUGGGCAUGAAGUCAUUCAUCCAUGCCUCCUUGGAACUUCUCCUUGGAAAGUACAGUGAAGCCAUUGUGGAGAACAGGGCAGGAGGCAUGCACACUGUUGGCAGCAGUGGUGCCUUUCAGCUUGGGGCCCGCUUCCUCAGAACUUGGCAUCCGGAUGCUCAAAUAAUUUACAUCACCUCUUUGCAAAAGGAACUGCAUGGAUACAUCUUCCAGGACAUGGGGUUUAUGGUUUAUGAGUACUCCUUCUGGGACCCCAAGAAGCUGUGCAUGGACCCUGGCUUGCUCCUCAACGUGGUAGAGCAGGCCUGGCCUGGCAGUGUCCUUGUGAUCGGGAGCAUUGGAGAGUACGAUUUGACACAAAGUCAGUGGGCAAAGUUGACGUCCACCAUGAAGAGAAAGAAGAUAUUCCCAUUUUUUGACAUUCCCAGUCAAGGUUUAUCCACCGGUGACCUAGACAAGGAUACUAGAAUCUUACGAUCCUUUGUGUCUCGAGGCUUUGAGUUCUUCUGCAGUCAGUCUCUGUCCAAGAAUUUUGGCAUUUAUGAUGAAGGAGUGGGGAACCUAGUCGUGGUGGCACUCAACAACCAGCACCUGCUGUGUGUCCUCUCCCAGCUGAUGAACUUCGCCCAGACUCUGUGGCUAAACCCUCCUACCACAGGUGCCCGCAUCAUCACCUCCAUCCUCUGUAACCCUGCUAUGCUUGGAGAAUGGAAGUACAGUCUAAAAGAGGUUGUAGAGAACAUCAUGUUGAUCAAGGAAAAGGUGAAGGAGAAACUCCGGCUCCUGGCAACUCCUGGCAACUGGGAUCACAUCACUGCCCAGAGGGGGACCCAUAGCUAUCUUGGACUCAACUUCCAGCAGGUGGAAUACCUGGUCAAGAAGAAGCAUAUCUACAUCCCCAAGAACAGUCGGAUCAACUUUACCUGCAUCAAUGCCGACAACAUAGAUUAUAUCACUCAGAGCAUUAACGAGGCUGUUCUCUCCACAAAGGACUCAGAGAGUAAAUGA